AUGGCCGCUGUUUCCGACAACGACAUUAUCGCGCGCCUGGGCAAGUUGAGCAUCUCGGCCCCCGAAGUUAUCAAGCACGCCGCUGUUUCCGGCGGUGCUGAGUGGCGCGCCGAGCUCGACAAGGCUGGCAAGACUGCUGUCCCCCUCACCAAGACUCUCCUUUUCAAGCCCAAGCAGCCCAAGAGCGCUGAGCCCACCCCCGUCCUCGUCAUCGCUAAGGAGGACACGGAGACUUCUUCCGGUGCAAUUGGUGGCGCCCUUGGUCUCAAGGAGCUCCGCCUCGCCAACGAGGACCUCAUCAAGCAGGUUGUUCCCUCGGCCGCGUCCAAGGACGACGUUUCGGCUCUCCCCCUCCCCGCCCCCGUCCCUGCCUCCCUCUUCGUCGUGCUCGACGCCGCCCUCGCUUCGUCGUCGGACGCAUUCGCCCUCCACCUCACCUCGUCGGCCUCGACCGUCCUCCUCAAGGGCACCGAGAUCAAGGCGUACCUCGAGUCGCUGACCGCCACGCCCGAGGCCGUGCGUGUCCUCGACUUUGCCGAGCUCAAGGCGAACGCUCCCGCCCCCGUCGCCCGCGCGCCCAAGGAGAAGAAGGACGCGCCCAAGAAGGAGGUUGCUAAGAAGGACGAUGACCUCUACGAGAUGGCUAUCCAGUACAAGAAGGACGAGGACUUCCCCGGCUGGUACACGGAUGUGCUCAUCAAGGGCGAGAUGCUCGACUACUACGACAUCUCGGGCUGCUACAUUCUGCGCCCGCCCUCGUACCACAUCUGGCAGGAUGUGCAGGCCUUCUUCGACGGCGAGAUCAAGAAGCUCGGCGUCCAGGACUGCUACUUCCCCAUGUUCGUGUCCAAGGCGCGUCUCGAGCGCGAGAAGGACCACAUUGAGGGCUUCGCGCCCGAGGUCGCGUGGGUCACCAAGGCCGGCAAGUCGGACCUCGAGGAGCACAUUGCUAUCCGCCCCACCUCGGAGACGGUCAUGUACCCCUACUACGCCAAGUGGAUCAAGUCGCACCGUGACCUGCCCCUCAAGCUGAACCAGUGGAACUCGGUCGUGCGCUGGGAGUUUAAGAACCCCCAGCCGUUCCUCCGCACCCGCGAGUUCCUCUGGCAGGAGGGCCACACCGCCCACCUCGACAAGGCCGGAGCGGACAAGGAAGUGCUCGACAUCCUCGAGCUCUACCGCCAAGUGUACACGGACCUGCUCGCCGUGCCCGUCAUCCCCGGCAAGAAGUCUGAGAACGAGAAGUUUGCCGGUGCCGACUACACGACGACGGUAGAGGGCUUCAUCCCGACCACAGGCCGCGGCAUCCAGGGCGCGACGUCGCACCACCUGGGCCAGAACUUCUCCAAGAUGUUCGACAUCAACGUGGAGGACCCGAACGCAGACCGCUCGGACCCCACGGCGAACACCAAGAUCAACGUGUUCCAGAACUCGUGGGGCCUGUCGACGCGCUCCAUCGGCGUCAUGGUCAUGAUCCACGGCGACGACCAAGGUCUCGUCUUCCCGCCCAAGGUCGCGCUGCACCAGGUUGUGGUCAUCCCCGUCGGCCUGUCCAAGGUCGAGGGGAAGAACAAGACGAUCUACGACGCGUGCCAAAAGCUCGCGGACGAGCUGACGGCCGGCGGCGUGCGCGCCACCGUCGACCUCCGCGAGGGAUACACGCCCGGCUGGAAGUUCAACGACUGGGAGAUGCGCGGCACGCCGCUGCGUCUCGAGCUGGGCCCGCGCGACAUCGCGGCCAGCUCGACGCUCGCCGUGCGCCGCUACGACAAUCACAAGAGCUCGCUCGCGCUCGCCGGCAUCGUCGACAGCGUCAAGAGCACGCUCGCAGACAUCCAGAACAAGAUGUACGAGAACGCAAAGGCCAAGAUGGACGCGCACGUCGUCCGCGUCACCGAGUGGAAGGACGUGACGCCCACGCUCGACGCCAAGAACAUUCUUGUUAUUCCCUGGUGCGAGGACCCCCAGUGCGAAGACGACAUCAAGGACCGGUCGCGCGCCGAGGCUGAGGCCGCGCGCGGCCAGGCAGAGGACUCCAAGGCCCCCUCGUCCGGCGCAAAGUCGCUCUGUAUCCCCUUCGACCAGGACCGCUUCGGCCCCUUCCCCAACGGCGACAAGCAGGCCUGCCCCCAGUGCGGCAAGAAGGCGUCCAAGUGGACGCUGUUCGGCCGCUCGUACUAG